CAAUUUGUGAUACUUGCAUCUCCCAAGCCUUCACCCAAUCUUGCAGCUUUCCUUGUUCCUCGGGUAUUGAUAAAGAUGAUUGAAUUGCAGCCGUGAAAAUCCGAACUGAAGCUAUCCGAGAAUACUGGUCAGGACAAUCUAACAGAUAUGUCCUUAGCCAGUUUCCGCUAACGGAAGUCGUCUUAGACGCUAUUUUCAAUGUAAAUGCUUGAGCAUACUCUGGGUCGUCAAUCAGAAUUUCUUCCACAGCAUUUACCCAGUCCAUCAGAUCGAGUCUUUCGUUGGUGUAUAGUAAAACAUCGAACAUAAAUGUCACAAGCAUAUCUAUGAAAUUCUUCCUCCAAGGCGACGACUUCUCCACCCGACAUAAAUGAAGUAGAAGUCGGAGGAAAGUUUGAAAAUCGGCGUUGAACAAAAAUGAUUGCCAUCUAUGAGUUGCAUUGGAUCUGCGAACGUCGGGUUCAAAAACGUCAUAUCCCGUUGACAUAUGUAUUUUUUCCAAUGCUGCUUCAUGGGCAUCUUCUUUCUCAGUUCGUUCCGGCGAAGAGUGUUCUGUGAUCUUAACUUUCUCAUAAAACAGCAUCAGGGCGUUCGCAAAUUGUUCACUCUCAACUGAAUGAACUUGACCAUUCGGCCAUUUUGUCUCCUUCUUUACCUUGCCGCCAAAACACUCUGUUGCAAUCGAUGCUGGAUCAAAUGGUGUUACGUCUUCGUCGUCAAAUCGAUACCAUUUGUCUUCAGACCCUGGAUUCCGAUCAUUUAUGAAACUGUAGUAGUGCCCACCCUGUGCAACUCCCGCGUGAACCAAGACACCAGCUAACUUGUAUUCGUAGUCUUCGUCAGGAAGAUGGCUCAAUGCACUUUCUUCGUUACCCACAUCCAUGGCAUCAGCUUCGUGAUUAUUUUCAGAUUCAGCUUGUUCAAUUGCUUCUACACCUUCAAGAGUAUAGCGUUUCAUAUUCAGUGUCUGACCGAAUGCACAACGACUGUUUAAUUUGACUGUCUCAAACGUGUUGUAGUCCAAAUCAAAUCGCUUUAGAGAAAGUAUCAACAUGUUCGGCAAUUCAGAUAUUGCAGAGCGCAAGACUGUAUCUGUAUUCUUUUUGCAAUUGUCACAAAAUACUUUGUUGUUUCCUUCCAUAAUCUCGGUCUCGCACAUAGUGGAAAGCGCCUCUUGGAUGUCGGCUUUUCCUCGAAUUUGACAAUCUACGUUCAAAAGUUUUUCCUCACGAUUUGUCUAAAUAGGGGUAAGAAAGGCGUUAGUAAUGACAGAGCGACAUAGAUGGGAUGAAGUAGCCAAGAAAACUUUUACGUACCUUCAGCCCACAUUCUUUACAAAUCUUUUGCUUUGUCUGUUUGAUACCAAAAGUGUGAUCAAGGUAUCUAAAAUUAUCCGGGGCCCAGCGUUUCAACGACGUUUCGAGUCUAUCAAGAAGCUUCGUGGAAAACUCAGAAGCAUCAUUCUGCUGCCAAACAUCAAAUUCAAGUUUCAAACAAGCGCAAGCUUCAACUAGCGCCCGAGGAUCGAAACAGCGACCUCUCGAUCCUUCCUCAAGAUGUAUAAAAGUUCGUUGCACUUCUUCCAUAAGAUGACGUGAAGACGAUUCAUCUUGUGUUUCUUUGAUCUCUUCGUCAGAUCUCUCAUGUGAUAAGGAGUUGUUUUCUUCUUUGGUUUCCUUUGAUGGUAAAACCUCAAAUACGCCAGUUUCUUUUCCAGGACGUCCUUCCGAAAGAAAAAAUUCCUCUUUCAAGAGAGGGGGCAAUCUGUCGAGUUUCUCCACUUCCUCCCGGUGCAAAUGGUGAUGGUUCGCCCCGCCAAGUGAAGUGGCUGUGAAAAUUGGGCAGUAUCUUAUUGUAUGCAAUCCAGUCGUACUAUCGAAUGCUUCGACAACAGCAUCAUAUGAGUUUCCGCUUUCCCACUGCAUAGAAAUUUUUCUACCCACGAGCUCUGCACCUCUAGACGAAACUACGCCCCCUGAUGCUCGGAUACUUGCAGGUAAUGGCGCUGAACACAGAGAUUUACGUAAUUCAGGCAUCAUGAAAAGCUGCUGCAACACGGAGUUCAUGUAGCAAGUGCAACCUUGGUUUUUCAAACCUGAAUACUUUGAGGUAUUUCGCCCAUUUCUAGAACCACCUUCAUUCUCUCCUGUAGACUGGCCCCACCUGUGCUUUAGGAAUGGACUUGCAGCAGAUAUCAAACCAUUUAUUCUAUGCACGAGAGCCAUAUACCCAUUUCCAUCUUUGCAACGACGCGCUGUAGAUCUCACCACAUCGAAACCUCUUUGUCGUGAUUCUCUAUCGCAACAGAUCGCAAGUAUUGAUGUUGCCCCCCCAGGCGAAAGGAAGGCAUCGAAAAGAACACCCAUCAAGUCCAUGAGGGUUAAAUCCUCGGGACCAAUUCUUGUUGGAUAUAUUGGCAUUUCAGACCAACGAGGUACCUCGAAUUCUUUUAAAAGUAUGCUUGUCCCAUCCACUAAUAUGCCCCCACCUACAUGUAUUAUAAGUGAGUCCAGCAACCCGAGGCAUCCACAUAAGACACCAGUUGAAAAAUCUACAACCAACGUAUCAGUUGAUGGUCUUGGACAAACAGCAAGUUUCGCACAGACUGUUGUGGCAAGUGAAUUCAGUUCUCUAUGGGAAACAGUCUUAGACUCAGUCACCAACUUUAUCAAUAGAUGGAAAUACUCCGC